AUGGUCGAGAAAUCGACGUACAAGUAUACCUUGUACAGCUACUUCCGCAGCUCCUGCUCGGCCCGGGUUCGCAUUGCGGCCAAUCUAAAGAACGUUCCGCUUGAUUACAAAUAUAUCCACUUGGUCAAAGGCGAGCAGCAUGACAAGAACUACACAGCGUUGAACCCAAGUGAGUCUGUGCCUACUUUGGUUGUGAGCGACUUAGAAACGGGCAACGAAAUCACCAGAAUCAGACAGUCGGUUGCCAUCCUGGAAUUCCUGGAGGAAGUCGAACAUGCGAAUGGGGUGCAGCUGCUACCGGGCCCGGAUGAUGUUGUGGGAAGAGCCCGGGUGAGAGAGCUGGUGAACGUCGUUGCUUGCGAUAUUCAACCUGUUACGAAUUUGCGAGUGUUGAAUUUCAUCAAACCUCACAAUAUCGAGACCAAGGAAUGGCAACAGCAUUUCAUGACCUUGGGAUUUCGCGCAUAUGAAGGACUGGUCAGUGCCUAUGGUGGCAAGUAUAGUGUCGGUGAUACAGUGACCAUGGCCGACUGUGCCCUUGCGCCCGCCAUAGACGGAGCCCUCAGGUUUGGCGUGGAUGUGCAAGGCCAAUUCCCGCACAUCUGGAGGAUCUGGGAGGAGAUCAAGCAGUUGGAUGCGUUCAAGAGUGGCAGGUGGGAUAACCAGGAAGAUACUCCGGAGGAGUUGAGGACAAAGGCAUAG